UCUACCCCCCCGUCUUCACAUUUCUCUCCAUUGUGGUUCCGCUCUGCAGAUCUACCUUCAUACUUUAUUCUCAACUUACUACUCUUUAUCUCCGAUCCAAUUUUCCAGUCUUUGAUAACCAAAGAGUGAAACAAACAAAGCUUCGCAUCAUUAAUAUUUGAUAUUUGCCAAAGGAAACUUUUGGGAAAUGGCCGAGAUUGUUAUUCCAAUUGUUGCAGAGCAGGUGGUUGCUUCCGCUACUAGUUCGAUUAAACGUCAAAUUAGUUAUGUGUUCAACUUCAAAAGAAAUAUUGAUAAUUUUAAUGAUCAACUCCAUAGUCUGAACCUUAAGAGAGAGAGAAUCGAGCAUGAUGUUGAUGAAGCAAGUAGGAGAACCGAGCAGGUGAUUGAAAAAGACGUUGAAGUUUGGCUACAAGGGGUGACUAGAUUUAAUGAGGAUGCACAAGUUUUUUUAGAGGAAAUAGAGAGGGCAAGGAAGGGGUGCUUCUUUGGGUUAUGUCCUAAUGUAAAGGCAAGGUAUCAGCUUAGUAAAAAAGCCGAGGAGAAAUGGAAUAACGCCGCCAAACAUCUGUCGCAAGGGCAGUUUCCUAGUGUUUCAUAUCGUCCUGCUCCACAAGGGAUACGUUUUGCAAAUGAUUGGAGUUUGGAAUAUGAGACCUUCGAAUCAAGAGCAUGCCAUUUGGAAAAAAUUAUGAAGGCCUUAAAAGAUCCUAAUGUCAACAUGAUUGGCGUUUGGGGAAUGGGUGGUGUGGGCAAAACCACUCUUGUGAAGAAAGCUGCUGAACAAGCCCAUGUAGAUAGGAUUUUUGACGUGGAGAUUUUUUCGGAGGUAUCUUUAAAUCAAGACUUGAGAAGGAUUCAAGGAGAAAUUGCAGAAGCAUUAGGCUUCAAAUUCGAGGCAGAGACGAUUUCUGGGAGAUCCAACCAGUUACGUGAACGUUUGCUGAAAGAAACAAAAAUUCUAGUGAUUCAUGAUAAUAUUUGGGCAAGUCUUGAUCUGGGAGAAUUAGGAAUACCUUUUGGGAAUAACCACAAAGGAUGCAAAAUAUUGAUGACAUCUAGAGAUGAGAAUGUAUUAACUGUGAUUGGUAUUGAUAGUUUGAACAUCAAGGUCGAUACAUUGAAUGAUGGAGAGGCUUGGAAUUUAUUUGAGAAAAUGGCAGGGGAUGUCGUUAAAGUUCCCAAUUUGCUUCCUAUCGCCAUUGAAAUAGCUAAAAGAUGUGCAGGUUUGCCAAUUUUGAUUAUCACAGUUGCAAGGGCUCUAAGAAAUAGAAAUGAUUCACAUACUUGGAAAGAAGCCUUACGACAAUUAGAAAGGUUUGAAAAUGCUGAAUUUGAUGAACGAGUGUAUUCAUCUCUUGAGUUGAGUUACAAUUACUUGAGAAGUGAUGUGAUGAAACAGUUGUUCUUGCUUUGUGGUCUACUUGUAAAUACUGAUUAUGCCACUGAGAAUUUGGUGAACUACUGCAUGAGCCUUUAUUCUUUUGAAGAUAUUGAUCAGUUGGAAGAUAGGAGAAACAGGUUGCAUAAAUUGGUUAUAGACCUCAAAUCUGCAUGUUUGUUAUUAGAUGGUGAAAAAUAUGGUUACAUCAAAAUGCAUGAUGUGGUUCGCAAGUUUGCUGUGUCAUUUGCACGCCAAAAUCAUAAUAUGUUCCUUGGAGAAUAUGAUGGUGAAUUGGAAGAAUGGCCCAAAAAGAAUACGGUUGCAAAGUUUUCUUCCAUAUGUUUUCCUCACAAUUAUAUUCACAGACUACUAGAAGGGUUGGAAUGUGAAGAGCUGAAGUUAUUUAUUCUGCAUUCAAAAAAUCGUGAUUUGGAGAUUCCUAGUUCAUUUUUCCAAGGGGUGAGAGGAAUUGUAGUCUUAGAUAUUAAGAAUAUAAUUAUUCCAUCUUUGCCUUCAUCCCUUUAUUAUCUAAACAACCUGUGCACUCUGUCUCUUGAGGAGUGUGAGUUGGAUGAUAUAGGCAUAAUAGGAAAUCUAGUUGGACUAGAAGUUCUUCGGAUAGUGAAUACAAACAUCUACCAUUUGCCUGAAGAAAUAAGACAAUUGACUCGUCUGAAGUUGUUCAGUGUCAGCGGAUGUUCAAAUCUUGAAGUGAUUGCACCAAAUGUGAUUUCAUCGUUGACUCGAUUAGAAGAAUUGUCUAUGGAAAAAAGCUUUGUAAACUGGGAGGCUGAAGGAGUUAAUCGUCAAAAUGCUUGCCUAGCUGAAUUGAACAAAUUGUCUAAGCUGACUAGCUUAGACAUUCACAUUCCAAAUUCCCAUAUUAUGCCAAAUGACUUGUUCUCAGUCAAGUUAGAAAGAUUUAAAAUAUUAAUAGGAGAUGGCUGGGACUGGUAUGGGCCUAGCAGGUAUGAAAUCUCACAAAGGUUAAAAUUGAAACUCUCCACAAGCAUUCAUUUGAAGCCAGGUGUUAAGGAAUUGCUGAAGAAAACUAAUUAUCUAUGUCUCGAUGAAUUGGGUGGUGUUAACAGUGUUUGUGAGUUAGAUAGGGAAUGUUUUCCAGGACUGAGAUGUUUACAUGUCCAAAAGGGUCGCAACUUCCGAUACAUUGUAAACUCAAACACAAGGGUUCCUUGUCACAUUUUUCCAGGGUUGGAGGUAUUGUCUCUUACAGAAUUGAUUAACCUUCAGAUGAUAUGCCACGGCCAACUUGGAGUAAAGUCGUUUAGUAAAUUGAGAAUUCUCAGAGUGGAAAGUUGUGACAUGUUGAAGAACCUUUUCUCAUUAUCUAUUGCCAAAUCCCUUUUGCAACUGCAGGAAAUCAACGUAGAAAACUGUAAAAACAUGGAAGAGAUUUUUUCCUGUGAAAGUGAAAAGGAUGGCAAGUGCAAUGUGAUUGAGCUAAAGCAAGUACACUCCCUAGAACUAUGGCAUUUACCGAAGAUCACUAGCAUCUGCUCUGAGGUGAAGAUUGUAAAACAGAAGCUGCAGACCACGGACUCAUCAGGGUCAUCUCAAAAUUUGCAACUUAUGAUGAAGGAUGAGCCCAUCCCACUUCUUAAUGGGAAGAUGGUGUUUCCCAAUUUGGAGAAGUUAGUCCUGCAUGAUAUUGGUGCUGAAAAAAUAUGGGACAACAGUCUUCGAGCAAUGCCACAUUGUUUUCAGAAUUUGAGAGAGAUGGAAGUGCAGGGCUGUAAUAAAGUAAAGUUCUUAUUCCCUGUUGGUGUGGUCAGAAGUCUCACUCAACUCAAACAACUUCGUGUAGAAGACUGUGAAUUAAUGGAAAGGAUAAUAGAAGGAGUGUCAGGUCAAAUGAUCUUCCCCAAAUUACAUGACCUGGCACUCGAAGAUCUUCCUAAACUGAAAAGAUUCUGCGCAGGAAAUUCUAUUCAAUUUCCAUCCUUGUCCGAUAUAUGUAUUACUGAAUGCCCCGAAUUGAAGUCGUUCAUUAUUGAUGAAAAGGAAGUCAGCAAUAAUGACUUCCCACCUCCUUUCUUUGAUGAAAAGGUGAAACUCCCUACCAUUGAAACAUUACUCUUCUCGUUCGUUAACCUGAAAAGAAUAUGGCACAAUGAACUUGCCCCAGAAUCCUUUUGCAAACUAGACGAUCUUUCGCUGUAUGGUUGUGAAAAUCUAUUGAACAUUUUUCCAUAUAAUAUGUUGACUAGACUUCAGAACCUACAAGAAUUGCGGAUAGAAGAUUGCGAGUCAAUGGAUGUGAUAUUUGAUUUGGAAGGGCCAAAUGGUUUGGAGAUGCAUAUUACAAAGGCCCCCUUAUUUAGAAAACUAAAGUCCAUAAGAAUCAAGCAUUGUCCAAGUCUGAGAUGUAUUUUUCCACUCUCUAUAGGCAGUGGUCUUCAGGAACUUGAGGAGUUAUAUAUUGGAAACUGUACGGCAGUUGAGAAAAUUGUUGCUAUGCAAGGGGUAGAUGCGGAUGUCAGGUUCGAGUUCCCGAAACUUACUUCCCUGACAUUUGAACACUUGCCAGAACUAAGAAGUUUCUUCCCUGGAAUUCAUACAUCAGAAUGGCCACUGCUGAAGAAAUUGGCAGUUAUUGAAUGUGACAAACUGAAUAUAUUUGCUUCUGAAUAUUCGGAUGAUGAGUAUAUUUUGCAGACCUCAGUUGAGCAACCCCUUUUUUUGCAUGAACAGGAGAUAUUCCCCAACCUGGAAGAAUUGUCAUUGAGUUGGAAUUACAUUAUGAGGCAAAUGUGGCAUGGAGAAUUUCAAUUUGAAAUGUUUUGCAGAUUAAAAUCCCUUACGAUUAUUGAUUUCCAUGAUGAAAUCAUCACUUCUUUUCCACAAGGUUUCUUUAAGAAACUGUCAAAUUUGGAAGAACUUGUUGUAAGGCGUAGUGCUUUCAAUGAGAUAUUCCCAAAUGGAGGAGUCAUUGGUGAGGCUGGAGAGCUCUCGACAUUUUGCUGUCUCAAAAGUCUGACUGUAGACAAAUGUGACAGAUUGAAAAUUCUGUUUCCAUCCUCACUGCUGUCAUUCUGCAACUUGAUUACACUGAAAGUGAACAGAUGUGACAAAUUGACUUACUUAAUGUCUUGCUCGACAGCUGAAAGCAUGAUGCAGCUCAAGGAAUUGUGGGUAUAUGAAUGUGCAAUGAUGACUUCCAUUGUAGAAUGUGUAGGGGAAUGUGAGGCAGAGGAUGAUAUUAUUUUCCCCCAACUGAAACUACUACAUAUUACUUCUAUUCCAAACCUUUCAAGCUUCUGCGGCUCCGCCAAACAUGCAUUCAAAUUACCAUCAUUGGAAAGUGUAUAUGUCGGAAGUUGCCCCAAUCUAAAAUAUUUUUGCAGGGGACAACUUUCCUCUUUUAAGCUCCGGAGUCUCCGUGUAUGUGCAUCAGCACGGGGUAUUGAAAAGCGCUGGAAUGGCAACCUCAAUACUACCAUACAGACCUUGUAUAAAGAAAUGAUGACCAUCAGAAUACAAUGCAAAUUUCGGAGGCACGUUGCUCGUAGGGAUUUUAUUGCAUUGCGGAUGGCUUCCAUAGUAAUACAGUCUGCAGUGAGAGGAAAUAUUGGACGUAAAAUUUUCGAAAGCUUAAAAGGAGAGAUUGUUUUGAAUUGACGAUCACAAGAGUACCGAACACGUCACAUAUAUAAGAGAUCUCUGCAAAAUGCAUCAUCAGUUGAUCAACGCAUCUUAUUUGUGUUUCUAACAUAACCAUGUUUUUAUUUCUGGAUUCAAAAAAUUUCAGGCUCCAACAUUGCCUCCUCUUUUUGUUGGCAAGUUAAGCUUUAUGUCUGGUGUCAGAUGAAGAUGAAGACGUGUGUUGGAAAUCUUUCUUUUUCUUUUUUUCUUCCAUGAUUGCAAUGUGCAAGUACGCUCUAUGCUAUCAAGUAGAAUCGAAUCUAUGAAUGUUCAGAGUAUAUUGAUUGC